AUGGGCAGGCUUCUAUACUUCCUGUCGGCAGCUGCAGCCCUAGCAACAUUCUCGACUGCUUCGCCAGUCAAAACUUCAAAUUUCAAUUAUGACCCACCUUCCAAGGUAGACUGGCAAGCGUGCGAGGAAGGUAUACGCUGCGCCAAUCUCUCCGUACCACUUGACUGGAGCAAGCCCCGAGGCAAACAAAUCAGCAUCGCAAUGGCCAUGAUUCCAGCUGCGAACCAGGAGAAGCGAAUCGGCUAUUUGAUGGUUAAUCCAGGCGGACCAGGAGCGUCCUCACUCAACCUGAUAAGCGCUGGGAAGGAUUUCCUCAUGUCGACCCCUUUACAUCAAUACUUCGACAUCCUGGGCCCUGGACCUCGAGGCACAGCAGGAAGCACACCUGUGAACUGCGACCCGGAACCCUGGAACAGACGCUACCCCGAAAGACCCCAAACCGAAGCCGAAUUCCAAGAAAUGCUACAAGUCUUCCACGACCGCGGCGAGAGCUGCGUCAACCAGAAAGAUAAUGACAUCCUCUACUUCGUGGAUACGAUCAGCGUCGCGAAAGAUCUCGAAGCCGUGCGCAUCGCACUGGGCGACGAGAAAAUGAACUAUAUCGGCUUUUCAUACGGAACUCAGCUUGGCGCUCAAUAUGCGGAACUCUUCCCGGAUAAUAUUCGCGCUCUCGUGCUGGAUGGAAUCAUGGAUCACUCCCGAUCCGGCCCCGAUCUAUGGGGUCCCGAAUCAAACGGCUACGAAGUAACAGUCAACCAAUUCUUCGACUGGUGCGCCAAGAACAACACAUGCGCCCUACACAAAGUGAAAGACCUCCCGACCAAAUUCGACGCCUUUAUCGACCGGGCCAAUAAAUCCCCCAUCCCGGCCCCGAGCUGCUUGAACAAGACCUCGGAAGUAUACCCUUGCUUCGAAGAUGCCACUGGAAACGAGAUCCUGCGCGCCUUCCAGACCCCGAUCUGCUUCCCGUACCCGGAAACCGGAUCUGUGGGCGGAUGGGUCGGACUGUCCGAAUUGCUUCAGGUGGCGAUGUACAACAACGACUCGAGCGCAUUCUCUACGACAAAGUACGCCUCCACCACCGGCUACGAUAUGUCCUACGCUGCUAUUUUCUGCCAAGACGCGCCCCGGUCGAACUGGAGCGCUAUCGACUUCAAGAUCAAGGCGGAUGUCGGCGCCGUGGCGACGCCGCAUACGCGUGGAAUUGGCGAGGUUUGGUAUCUGGAUGCUCUUUGUAUGAAUUGGCCUACGCCGGUGCGGAACCCGCCUCGGUCGUUGGCGCCUGCGUUCGCGAGCCGGAAUAUGAGCACGCCUAUUCUUUUGGUGAAUGCGCUUUAUGAUCCUGAGACGCCGAUUCAAUUUGCUUUGAAUGUGCAUCGGCAGCUUGGGGAGCAGAAUGCUCAUCUUAUUAUUCGAGAUGGAAGUGGUCAUACCAGCUAUAACCAUGUGGGUGAGACUCAUCGGGCUAUUAACAAGUACCUGGUUGAUCUUGAGGUUCCAAAGACCGGGGCUAUGUACAAGGAUUAA